AUAAAUCUUGACACAUCUUACAAACAGAAAGUGAGACCCGUUCAUGCAGGUGACCGAUUGUGAACUGUCGGGACAAUUACGAAUGAGGUUGAGUCCAAAUUCAGUUGUGGGUAGAAAAAAUGGACUCGUCCGAGCGCUGGUGCGAUAAAAUCCCGGGGCGCUGCUGUCUUAUUCAUACGGACCUGAGUUUCAAGCCGACCAAUCGCUGAGCCGCUGCUCCGGAUGUUAUAACGGGAAAAAUUGAAUUUGAUUGGCUGGUAAUCGUUACACGCGGUAUCAUAAGCAAAAGCGUUUCAAGAAACCUACAUAAUUUUUUUUUGGAGUUUUUAAAUGGAGUAAGUACACUUACUUUUGGUGGAUGCUUAUGAUAAUUGUCAAAUAUAAAUAUUAUACACAAUGGACUCGCUAAAAGAACUGGUUGAGUAUUUAAAUUUCGACGCUCGGCUUGAUCUCCAAGCUGUUGCUGUACAAAAUAUUCUUGGUCUUACAAACACAGAGAAAGGCAGAGAAAUGCUUCUGAGCUGUCCGGAAAUUUUACGACAAUUUAUUUUACUCUGCCAAGUUGAUUCCAAGAGACUAGCGGUUGCUAAAGAUGCGGCACGUGCUCUGAUAAAUAUAUCUGGUGAUGAAGCUGGUGCUAAAGCUUUGCUACUUAUUUCAGAGGCUUCUAAAUGUGAAUUGAAUCAACGACCUACUGAUAAUCUUAUUCGCGUUUGCUUCAGUUUUAUUCUAGACAAAGAUAAUUCACUUGCAGAUCAAUGCUGUAUGAUUCUGUCAAACCUGACAAGACCGGCGGCUCUGGUUGAUAGAAUAGUUAGUCUUAUUGAGAAAGCUGAUUGCAAAUGGGAUAAAAUUGUUUACGCAUUUGCUUAUGCUGAUAAAUAUAACACGAAAGGUGCUAAGCUUCAUUAUCUUGGACCGACGCUGAGUAAUUUAAGUCAGUCUCCAAUUGUCAGAAGUCGUUUGAUGGAUCGAGACCUUCUCAUAAUUCACAAGCUUCUUCCUUUCGUGGAGUACAAAGAUAGUUUGGUGAGACGAGGUGGCAUCGUAGGAACUCUUAAGAAUUGUUGUUUUGAUAUUGAGAAUCAUCUUUGGCUUCUUAGCGAUCAAGUUGACAUUCUUUCGCACUUAUUAUUGCCUUUGGCUGGUCCAGAAGAAUUUGAUGACGAAGAUAAUGAUAAAUUACCAAUUGAUUUGCAAUAUUUACCUGCUACCAAAGAACGAGAACGUGAUGUAGACAUCAGAACCAUGAUUUUGGAAGCGCUGUGUCAAUUAUGCGCUACUAAAGAAGCGCGGGAAAUAAUCAGAGAAAAAAAUGCUUACGUUAUUCUUCGGGAGUAUCAUAAGUGGGAAAAAGAUAAAGCUGCCUUGCUAGCCUGUGAAAAUGUUAUUGAUAUACUAAUCAGAACUGAGGAAGAAAUAGGAAUAGAUAAUUUAAAACAAAUAGAAGUUCCUUCUAAGUAUUCGGAGAAAUUCCAGGAAAUUGAUAAAGAAUUUCUCAAGGAAUGAAUGUGAAUAAAAUUGUUUUUAUUAAUUUGAUAAAAUAAAAAAACUGAAUGAAAUUACAA